CGCAUUAUUUCCUAUAUCAACAGUUUGCGUGACUCUAUCCUCGUUCUGGGUGAGACUUGUGAAAAUAUACAUUUGUGACAUUAUUACAUCAAGGAAAGUUGUCUGGCAACGCAAAGAUGUGGAAGUCAGUGGUGGGACACAACGUGAGCUUAAAGGUUGCAGAGGUGGACGACUGGGAAACCGACCCUGACUUUGAGAAUGAUGUGUCAGAACAGGAACAGAGAUGGGGGGCCAAGACCAUUGAGGGGUCUGGUCGAAAAGAACACAUCAGUGUAUCAGAGCUGAGACAGAAGGUGUCCCAGGAGCAUGAGGUGGGGAAGCAGAAGGAGCGAGCGGAGGCUCCCAAGGCCUCUUACGGUUACGGAGGGAAGUUUGGAGUGGAGAAAGACCGCAUGGACAAGGGGGCAGUGGGGCAUGGCUACGUGGCGCAGGUGGAGCAGCACUCAUCCCAGACCGAUGCAAAGAGAGGAUUCGGGGGGAAAUUUGGAGUGCAGAAAGACCGUGUGGAUAAGUCUGCCAUGGGUUUUGAAUACAAGGGAGAGGUGGAGCAGCAUACAUCUCAGAAAGACUAUUCAAAGGGUUUUGGAGGGAAGUUUGGGGUGGAGAAGGAGAAAGUGGACAAGGCUGCUUUAGGUUACGACUAUAAGGGAGAGACCGAGAAGCACCAGUCUCAGAAAGACUAUUCAAAGGGUUUUGGAGGGAAGUUUGGGGUGGAGAAGGAGAAAGUGGACAAGGCUGCUUUAGGUUACGACUACAAGGGAGAGACAGAGAAGCAUGAGUCACAGAAAGACUAUGCCAAGGGCUUUGGGGGACGCUAUGGAGUCCAGACAGACCGCAUGGAUAAAAGUGCAGUGGCCUUCACAGACAUGGAAUCCCCUACCUCUGCCUAUGAGAAGACACUACCAAUGGAGGCAUCAAGUGCAGGGGCAGGCAACCUGAAGGCUCGCUUUGAGAACUUGGCUCGGUCAUCAGACGAGGAGAACAGAAAGCGAGCAGAGGAGGAGAGAGCCAGGAGACAGGCUAGAGAGAAGAGAGAGCAGGAGGAGGCACGACGCAGACAACAGGAACAGAACAGCAGGGAGGAGGAAGCAGAGCAGCAUCAGCCUCCACCUGUUGAAGAGCAGAGACCUCCACCUGUUGAAGAGCAGAGACCUCCACCUGUUGAAGAGCAGAGACCUCCACCUGUUGAAGAGACCAACAGGAAGCCCCAACCACCACAGCUGCCCACUGCCAGGGCAGUGCCUCAGAUACCAAGAGAUGAACCUGAGCCAGUGGAGGAAGAGGAGGAGCCAGACUAUGACCAGCCCCCGUGCCUGCCCCCACGGUCAAUUGACCUGCUGGAGGCGGAGCCACCUCAGGAGCAGACCCCAUCAGAACCAGAGCAGGAGGWUGAGGGAGAGUAUGAGGAUAUCUCAUCAAUACCUUUCCCAGAACCUGAUCCAGCUGUGGAUAAUGACUAUGAGGACCUGACAUGCGGUCAGACAGCAGUGGCCAUUUAUGACUACCAAGGAGAGGCAGAUGAUGAGAUCUCCUUCAACCCGGAUGAUGUCAUCACCAACAUAGAGAUGGUGGACGAAGGCUGGUGGAAGGGACACUGUCACGGACGCAUUGGACUUUUCCCUGCUACAUUCGUGAAAAUGAUGUAGUGAGCGUGCCUAUAGUCUCCAACACAGACAUAUACCUGAGCCCAUAGGACCUGUGGGUCUUUUCACAGGGGGAACAUCAGCAUAUUGAUCCUAUUGCACAGGUAUAGUUUGAUUGUACCAUGGGAGAAUCUCAAUUGCAUACUCCUCUAUCUUCCCUUUCUCGAUACCCAUUGGAGGAGAAGGGACCUCUAGCUUUCUCAUCCAAUGGGUUUUUAGGUGAGGAGGACACAAGGAGUAUACAAUUGAGAUUCUCCCCAUGUGUUUUCUAAUCAAUUGAUUUAUAUCCGGUCAUUUACAUUUACAUUUAAGUCAUUUAGCAGACGCUCUUAUCCAGAGCGACUUACAUGACUACGGUCAGUAGUCAUGAGAUAUAAUGGAUAGUCAUUGUGCUUCAUAUUGCUCAGGGUGGGAUGCAGGCCUUCCCCUUAUAAAAGCUGAUUGCUAAAUGUUCCAGUGAUAUUCUCAUACACUUGCAUUUCAAAGGAUUAUGUAAGUCAUUUAGCUAUGGAAUGUUAUGUUUAAAAACAAUUAACUACAGAGAAUUGUAUUUUGGCUAUUGAUGGAAUUCUCAACUUGAAUUACAUGUUGUAAUUACAUAUGUAAGCAAAGCAUAAUAUCUGAAACACCAGGUUAAAAAGGUUAUUUCUAGAAUCAACUGCAUGUAAUCAAUAAAAUGUCUURAUGUACAGAAACACAUUUAUUUACUCCAACAUGACAACCAGAAGAUUAUAUGGACAGUUUGUUACAUGUAUAAUGAAUGUCUUUGUAAUGAUGGACUAGKCUACAGGAAGAGCAAAUCAAACAGGAAUGGAGCUACCAACAGGCAUUAUUGGGGUAAAAUGUAAAGAAUMUACCAUMUUCUCUUCUGUAUACCACAGCAAUAAGAAAACAUGGCUUUCAUUCAAGUGAAGUAUGUCAAUGCAGUACUAUACCAUUGUGC